AUGGCAAAGAGAUCACUUAGACGCCCUCUUCGGCAUGAAAAGGAUCAGACAGGCUGUAUAUGGGGUUUGAUUAGUAUCCUUGACUUUCGCCAUGGCCGACCCACUCGAAAACUGCUUUCAGAUAGGAGGCGUGGGAGCAGGCAUGCUUUUGGUUCUGGUUAUUCUAGGGCAAAAGUGGACAUGGUGACAAAUUUUGAAGAGAAAUGUCAGAGCAUUAAGGAUGGUGAAGAAAGGAAAACAGCAACUGCUGAUGCAGUGAAGACAAGUGUAAAAGAACUCGUGCAAGAAGAAAUGUGUAAUGAGGAGGGUUCAAAGAAGCACACGAAUAGCCCUGAAGCGGAACUGAAACAGUUUGAUUCAGAACAUGGGGAUCAUGCAAGAAGAAGCCAUAAGCAAAUAAACAAGAAUUGCAAUAAAUCUUGUGACAUGCCGAUCUGCAAUAUAGAUGCAUCUAGAUUCUUAGAGCCAGAAAACUCUAGUCACCAAAUUGUAAGGAGAAAAAAAUCAAUCAAUCUUGAUCUGGUCAAAACGGAAGAACUCUGCCACCAGAUCCAUCAGAAAAGUACCAAUUCUGUGAAGCUUGAUUGGCAUGAUGACCUUGAUAUGCAGUCUAACCAAGCACAUUCUUGUUUUCAAGAAAAAAUAACCACAGCAAUUAAGGUGAUUAUAGAUCAGAGGUUUACUAAUGAAAAGCAUCUUACAAAUGAUGGGAAGACCGACCACUCCAAAGAAUUCACGGAUGCGCUUCAGAUGUUAAGUUCAAAUAAGGAAUUGCUCUUCAAGCUUGUGGAAGAUCCAAAAUCACCACUGGUGAAGUGCAUUCAAGAAUUGGAAAAUGCUCAGUUAGAUGAAGACCAAACUUCCAAGUCAUUGGUAGGAUUAGACAUGUUAGAAGAGAAGCCGACCAACUCAAGACCGGAUGAGCUAGUCAAUCGCAAACGCCGGAACUUUUUCAGGCGAAGGAGCAGGUCUCGGGAGAAUAUCUCAAGGAGUGGAAAUGAAACAUGUCCACCUUCCAGGAGAAUUGUCAUUUUGAAACCUGGACCAGCAGGCUUGCGAAAUUCUGACACUGAAAUCAAUGUCAGCACAUCAUUGCAAUCUGGUUACACCAUGGAGAAGAGAGUGCAUAGUGAAAGGAAUGCUUCCCUAUUUUCUUUUACUGAAAUUAAAAGAAAGCUAAAGCAUGCUAUGGGAAAGGAACAGCAUGGGAUCUCUCUUGAUAGUACUAUCUACAGAUUUCCUCCCAUACAUCAAAACUUGGGGGAUGGUGAGAAGGGGGUUGGUGGGGAAAGUACUGGAUGGAGUUCUCCAAAUCGUAAUCAUUUUUAUACUGAAAAAUUUGUGAAACCUUCGAUUGGUGUCAAGAAGAGAGACAAGAUUAAUAAGUCAAGAGCGUUUGAGACAAGUAUGUCAAGCGAAACCAGCGGAUAUCCCCGACAAGGGGUAUCUAACAUCUAUAUCGAGGCCAAAAAACAUCUCUCAGAGAUGCUAAUCAAUGGAGACGAAAAUGCAGCAUUAAUUAGCGGGCAAUUACCAGAAACCCUGGGGAGAAUUCUCUCUCUUCCUGAGUACAACUUUUCUCCCAGCAGUAGUCCUGGAAAGGACAAUGAGCACGGGUUUGUAACUGCACAGAUGCGAUUAUCUCCUCACAGCAAUUUUAAAAUGGUCAACAAGAACCCCUUACGAGAAAAACCAGCUGUUUAUCAGAGUUCAUCAUUGCAAAAUUUUGAGAGUCAACCACGCAUUACUGAUGACAACCCUGAUGAGAAACUACCAUCUCCUAAUUCAAUUCCAGGUCUUUCAUGUGAAGUUAAUAGGGAUAGUUCUGAGGAAGAAACCCUUUUUUCAACAAGAGAUGAGAUUUGUUCCCAAGGAGUGGUAGAGAUUCUAAACCCAACCGAUACUGGAUACCAGGAAAAUGGCAAAACCUUGGAUGUUUCACAUGAAGCAAGUGGCUCGUUAGUUAUCCGAGAUGUCCAGGAUUGUGAUACUGCUGAAGUAUCCGAUGAAGAUUUUGAAGAGGUUCAGGUAUUGUCUUCUCCGUCAGUUUCCCCCUCAAGCACAUCAGUCACAAGAAAAAUUGAAGGUCCUGAAAGUACCAUUGAUAGAUUAGAGCGGCCCAGUCCCAUCUCAGUUCUUGAGCAGUUAUAUGUAGAUGAUGAUAUCAGCCCUGCAAGCACCAUAGUCCGACCUGUUGAAUCAGCUCUCCAACCACUACAAAUCCAUUUUGAAGAACAGUUGUCUUCUGCUACUGAACAAGGAAUCUGUGCAAGAACUUCUAUGGAGGAAGAGGAAUCUGCAUUUGAAUAUGUAGAAGCAGUGCUGCUAGGUUCCGAUUUGAACUGGGAUGAAUUUCUCUGGAGGUGGCUUUCUUUGGAUGAAGUUCUUGACCCAUCAUUGUUUGAUGAGGUAGAGUUAUUUUCCAACCGAUCUUGUCAUGACCAGAAGCUCCUAUUUGAUUGUACCAAUGAAGUGCUGAAGGAAAUAUGUGAGCACUAUUUUGGUUGCUUCCCUAGAAUAUCAUCUUUUAAACAGGGCAUUCGGCCAGUCCCAAGGAGCAUGAACCUUAUCCAUGAGGUAUGGGAAGGAGUUGAAUGGCAUCUUCUCCAGAAGGUUCCUCAUCCUCGUUCUUUGGAUCGUCUUGUCGGAAAAGACUUGGCAAAAUCCAGGACAUGGAUAGACCUCCGAUUCGAGACUGGACAUACUGGUGUUGAGAUUGGGAAGGUCAUUCUUGAAGAAUUGAUGGAGGAUGUCAUAUUAAGUUUAGUAAAAGAUAGUCCGGAAGAGGGAUUUCCUAUGCUUCUGGAUCGAUUGAAUGGAAGUGAGAGCACUGUCAACGCGUAAACAAGAACCCUUAAGUCAGACUGGAAGCAAAGUAAGCUAGUCAAUCAUUGUGUAUCUGGAGAAUGGGAGGUGACAUCUCAGAAUCUCAUCCAGUCAGUUGUUGUCCUUGAUGGAAGCUGCAACAUAUAGGAUCCUUGCUACAUAGAAAGGAAAUGGGAAUUCCCAGUUUCAAUGAAUUUAGUUCUUGCCCAGACAAAAGAUGAGGAUUGCCAUGCCAUAAUGUAUAUAGUCAGUGUCAAGGGUCAGUUCGGGGGCGGUGGAUUUAACGCAAUGUCAUUGGAGGAGUUCUUAUAAAUAUAGAGUUGGUGUGUUUUUUUGUGUAUUUGGG